AUGGAGAAGCAGCAGAAGACAGGCUUCAGUCUGGUCAGGAUCGUGUCUCAGAAUUACAGAAAGCGGAAUAAUAAGAAUCCACAGCAGCAGCAUCACAACAACAUGCCCUUCAUGAUUCACUGUCACAUUGGCAAAGAGAUCAAACACAUAUGCAGCAACUGCAGCCGCGUCAGCCAUGCACAGGACGCAGAGGAGGUGGAGAAAUUGGCCUCCAUUCGCUCAGAAUCCCUGGUGUCUGGCACACACACACCACCCAUUCACUGCAGGAGCAAGCUCAGCACGCUGGAACGCCUCUUCAAACCCUGGAAGUGGAGGAAGAAGAGGAGUGAGAAGUUCAAACAAACAUCCACAGCUCUGGAGAAGAAGAUGUCCAUGCGUCAGAGCAGAGAAGAGCUCAUCAAACGAGGUGUGCUCAAAGAGAUCUUUCAGAGAGACUGCAGGGUUCCUGUUGUUAAUCAGGACGGGCGUUUGGAUACGGGGCUGACGUCAGGGUCUCUACCCAGUGCUCUAGACUGUGACAGGACAGCAGAGAUCACAGACGCACAGAGGACGGCCACCGUUGACUUCCGGGCAUCUCUGGAUCGAGGAGUGUGCACUCAGGACAACACACUGAAGACAUCUCUAACACUUCCUCACAAGAAAUCAGUCACCUUCCCUGCUGAUCUUCAGGAAACUCCUGCCAAACCUCAACUCAUCCACAAACAACCACCGGCUCUCCCACCAAAACCCUUCUCCAGAAUGACCAAUCACAGCACAGACUCUUGUCAGUUAAAGUUGUCGUGUGCACAGGGAAAGCUAUCUCCUCCUCUACCUCCAAAAAAAGUAAUGAUCUAUGUGCCGCCCUCCUCUUCGUCCCCGGUGUCAUUCACGCAGAAAGCCCCACCCCUCCUGCAGUAUGGUCACCCACUGCAGCUGCAGUACGGUGGCGUUCACACAUCUAGCCGCAUAAUCGAGGAGCUCCAGAAGGCACUAGCGCUCACCAUGCACAGACUGGAGAGCUCUGUGGGUCAGUACAGUGUUCCUCUGCCUUCGGUGGUGAUCGACUGUGAUGAUGAUAAAGAAAACAUUCCCAAUGAGUCCGACUAUGAGGAUCUGCCCAGCAUGUAUAAAGAGGAAGACGAGGAGGAAGAUGAAGAUGAGGAUGAGGAUGAUUCUCUCUUCACGAGCACACUGGCAUUGAAGAUCUUGAGGAAAGACUCUCUUGCGGUAAAGCUGAGUAACAGACCGUCUGAGCGAGAGCUUCAGGAAAAGAACAUCUUACCAGUGCAGACGGAUGAGGAGAGACUGCAGUCCAGACAACAGAUAGGAACCAAACUCACACGGAGAUUAAGUCAGAGACCCACAGCAGAGGAACUGGAGCAGAGAAACAUCCUCAAACCUAGUAAUGAGCAGGAGGAGUUGGAGGAAAAGAGAGAGAUCAGACGCAGACUCUCACGCAAGUUGAGUCAAAGACCCACAGUGGAGGAGUUACGACAAGCCAAGAUCCUGAUUCAGUUCUGUGAUUACGUGGAGGUGGCAGACGCUCAGGAUUACGACAGACGCACAGACAAACCCUGGACACGACUCACUGCAGCUGACAAGGCUGCUAUCAGGAAAGAGCUGAAUGAUUUUAAGAGCCAUGAGAUGGAAGUGCAUGAGUCCAGCAGACAUCUGACCAGGUUUCACAGACCAUAGACCACCACUGUCUGGAGGACUGCUGCCUGAUGGCCAUUUCUCCCACAUCAAACACAAGUGCUGGCGCCCGACUACACAAAGAACAAGACAUCAGAAAGGCCUUCUGCAAAACUCUUUGUGACGCCACCAUCACUCUAUCAGACGAGUUGUCAAAGUAGCAAUGUCACGCGCAAUCUCCUGUGAACAUUUGCAAUGCCAUUCACCUUUAUUAACAUCUAUACAAUACAAUUUAAACAUUAAUCUCCAUAACGGCAUUUGCACGGAUAUGGCAUUUCCCCUAACAGUGAUGCUGGCCGACAUCAGAAAAAUACAUUUAUCUGUACCUGAUUCUCAAGUUGUGAGCGGGCGCCAAUUUUAGCACUUUGAAGCACUUCUGGCACACUUUUGCACAGGUUGCAUUUGCGUGCAAUGGAUUGCAUUUGUGAAACGUGAGCAGAACUAAUUUCUGUAUAAAUGGUUCGUAAAACCAAAGGUUGAAGACAUUCAUGCAGCAAGUUUACGCAAGAAUUGAAGCAAGAAAGUUUUUACGGCUCAUUCGUAAAAUACAAGCUGUAGUAAUGUCUGUGUAUAUCUGUUCUGUGUAGCUAUUUGUUUUAUGAAGGAUGUACACAGAAAUUGAUGCACCAAUUUAAGUGGUUUUAUGAACAACUUACACUGAAAUUGGUGCAACAAUUUGCGCAAGAAUUAUAUAUAUAUAUAUAUUUUUUUUUUUUUUUUUUUUGAAGGAUUUCCAGCUUAUGCAAGAAUGGAAUUUACGAUCAAUUUACACAGAAAUUGUUGCAAAAAUUUACGUAAGGACGGUUUUAUGAAUGACUAGAUAGAAAUUGUUGAAACAAUUUACACAAGAAUGGUUUUGCGAACGAUUUACACACAUUGUUGCAAAACUUUACGUAAGAACGGUUUUAUGAAUGAUCUAUAUAGAAAUUGUUGCAACAAUUCACACGAGUAGUUUUACGAACGAGUUGCGCAGAAAUUGUUGCAACAAUUCACACAAGUAGUUUUACGAACGAGUUGCGCAGAAAUUGUUGCAACAAUUCACACAAGUAGUUUUACGAACGAGUUGCGCAGAAAUCGUUGCAACAAUUCACACGAGUAGUUUUACGAACGAGUUGCGCAGAAAUCGUUGCAACGAUUUACACGAGUAGUUUUACGAACCAUUUGCGCAGAAAUUGUUGCAACGAUUUACACAAGAAUGAUUUUGCGAACGAUUUACGCAGAAAUUGUUGCAAAUUUACAAAAGGGUUUUACAAAUGAUUUACGCAGAAAUCUUUCAACAAUUUCUGAAAGAAUGGUUUUACGAAUGAUUUACGCAGAAAUUGUAGCAACGAUUUAUGCAAGAAUGGUUUUACGAACUAUUUACUUAGAAAAUGUUGUAACAGUAUGUAUGAAUGGUUUUGCAAACAGUUUACGCAAAACUCUUUGCAACAAUUUACGAAAACAAUGGUUUUACAUACGAUUUACUCAUAAAUUGUUGCAACGAUUUACACAAGAAUGGUUUUGCAACCAAUUUAAGCAAAUUGUUGGUUUCUCCAGGAUUUUAAUGUUCUUAGCCCCCUGCUGGUUUGUAUGCGUCAUUGCCAUUAUGUACUAAAACAAUUACAAGUAAAAGGUUUUGUUCAUCAUCACUACAUCCUCAUUGCUCUGACUACAUUCUAGAGAAUCUGGAGUCAUUUGUCGGUGCUUGAUUUUAUAUGUACAUAAUGUUUAUAUGACAUUAUUUAAUAGGAUAUUUUUAUUGUGCAGUAUUCAAAGAAUGGAAACUGAAGGGCUUGCUUGAGAAAAGCUCAUGGAACAUACAGAGGAGAAUGAUUUAUCAGUUUAAUCUAUUCUUAAAUUUAUUUAUUUUAAUGUCUAUAGUGGAUCUUUAAUGAAUGGUAUAUUAGACGAGCAUCGCUUAAAAUCCAGCACAACCAAAAACCCGUUGUAGAGCUGGAUGUGUGUAUUUUAUGAUUUUUUUUUUAUUUACAUUUAUAUAAUUUCAUAGAGUAGUGUCACAUCAUUUGUGCGCUUAUGUAUUUGAUUUUUUCACUUUUUUAUAUAUAUAUAUGUUUAUCCAAUGUUAUGCAGACCAAGCAAUAUUCAUGUUGGCAGAUGUCCCGAAAGUUAUUAAUUAUAGUUAAUUUUGUUAUUGUGGAAUGUGAAAGCAUAUUAUUAAUGUUUUUCUUUCACCGGUUGGUGUCUUAUUUUUACUUUGAUUUUUAAGGGUAUAUUGAUAAAUGCAUUCUAAUGAAGACUUUCACCAUAUUUAAAGUAGAAAUACGAACUACAGAUGGUUGUGCAGGGUUUAAACACUGACACACCCAUUAAUAAAUCGUAGCAAUUUUUCUGACAUGUCUUUAAAUAAACACUACAGCAUUAGCUGUUUAAUUAUGAGCAAGCAAAUUAAGACCACGUGUUUUGAAAGUGAUUACAAGCGAGAUGCUUUGACAGUGUGACUGUUUAUUAUUGCUGCAGUGAGUAUUAUGUUACUGUGGGGACUAAAUAAUGUCAGAUUUACUCUUGUAAAUCAUCAAAGAUCUUUUUGCAAUGUCUUAAUAUUUGCCCUGACCAAAAACUGGUUGAUUUUAUCCAGGUCUAAUGACUCAUUGCAGUGAUUAAGAUGCAGUUAAUAAAUAUUCAUUUGAUCACUCUUGAUUUUUUGCUAAACGUACAGUAGGAUAUAGAAAUUUGAGAACUUAAAUCACACACUCUUUUCUGCUUGGUUGUUUUUAGGUCCUUAAUGAAGUUAUCUUUAUGAAUCACGUCAUACACAUGAAGGAGUGUUGGUCUGUAAUGUAUGUAGAUGAUAAACGGAUUAACUAUUGUCCUCUCCAAACUCUUAGUCCAUUAUUUCAUUUCUUUGUAAGGAACUUUAUGAAUUUUUAUUUUAAUGUACAUGAAUUCAUAAAAUGUCGUCUUAAUUUUUUCCAUCCCUACAGUGACCCCAGAAGUAUUUGGACACUUUAGUCGUUCUUUGAAAUGCACACAUUUAAUUUCAUUAUACAACACAUAAAAAAAUAAUAAUAAUACUUUUAUACUUAAUAUAGAAUUAAUAAUUAUGAUAUUACUAAUGAUAUUUUUUAAGCGUGACUCGGGUGUCCAAAUACUUUUUGGUUCCACUUUAUACUAAUACUACGGCUCCUCUUGAGUACUGUGAAGUAAUGAAAUGCCAAGCAGUUUGCUACAUUUGUUAUGUAACUAGACUGUGCAUUUGGGUAAUAUGUUUUUUUAAUAAAAUUUCUUUUAUACCAUGUUUAGGGUCACCAAGGGGUAAAGUACAUAUUAAUGUGUUAGAGACAUACGGUCAGAUUUUAGAAAGGUCAAAGUGUCAGCAUGUGCUACAAGUACUUGAUAUUGCGAGUUAAGAGACUAUAAAAUGAUAAUAUUUGUUUGGCCAGGGCAAUUAUUAUUAUUAUAAUUAUUAUUAUUAUUGUUGUUUGUAAAAACUCCAGACAAUUAAGCUACAAACUUAUUCUGCAUGCACUUUAAUUUAACCUAAUAUGCACAAUUUAAGUACAUUUGUAAUGAAUAUUGAAUUAUUGAUUUUAUAGUUCUUGAAGCAAGAAAGUUUUCUGUCCCUUUGUCAGACAGAAGUCAGUUUGUGCAAGGAAUGUGCUCAGGAUUUUUGCCGUAAUUUGCCACCAAUCCUAAAGUAUUCGAAUGAAUAAAAAUGAUUGGAUCUUUGAGAACACAUUAUGACUAUUAUUACUAAUCUUUAAAGAGUGGUAACAGAUCAGAUCAAAUGCAGCUGCCUUUGACACCAAAGGGAAUUUAAAGAAUAUCUUUCAGGAUUUUAUAACUCUUAUUGCUCCAAGAGUAAGAUACUGUAUUAUUCCACUACAAUACGAGAUUCCAUAAGUUACUGUACACAAAAUCCUGUCAGAAUUUCAGUUUAUCAAGUAGAAUCUCAUUUGAUUUCCAUUGAAUUCCCAUCAUGAUGCUUCAAAAUUGGUUCCAAAUUAUGAUACUGGGAAUCCACAACGAGUACUUUUCACAUGACUUUAGAAUGUUUCGACUAGGGAUUGCUUCAGACAGCUUCAUAAAUUCAGCAUUAUGACACCAAAUGUCGUCUUGUUGGAACUAAAACUGACCCGUGCAAAGAGCUCAUUGAAUUUAUCAAGAAACCAAAUCAUCUUUUUAACAGUCCUGUGAGUUUGAACAUUUGUAGGAAUUGCAUGGACUGACAGCAUCAUGUGUCACAGCUGUUAAUAUGUUGGGCUGAAGGGAUGUGAUGAGUUCAGCAAUAAAUCUGAAGUUAUUUACAAACCAUGA